GAAAUUAUUAGCAGGUAAUGACAAAGCUGUUUCAGAACAUUUCCUUGUCUUUCUUAUGUAAGGCAGAAGAAGCAAGACCAAGACUCCAAGCAAUUACCUGACGAAGUGUGUAUUACACACGAAAGCUCAUACCUUGAAAGCUUAUAUUUAGUUGAUCUUAAAGGUGCCACUGGAAUUAUUUAAAAAGAUUUUUUCAUCUUUCAUCUUGUUAUUUAUUAUAACUUCAGAAGCUGUUCGCUGAGCUAAACCUCGAACAGGAACACAGGACGAAACAGAAGAAGCUACUACAUUAUACCAAGUCAGACCAUUGCGUCAUCUAGCUCACCACUCAUCUUCAACUGGUGGAUCGGGACCUUAAGGAUGUGAGUGGUGCUGUGGUCAAAACCACUGAGCAUCUUGGGCUUCCCAAUUAGAAUGCCGGCGGUUGCUCUGUCCCAGUUUCUGCCAACCUAGCAGUUUGAAAGCACACCAGUGCAAGUAGAUAAAUAGGUACCGCUGCAGCAGGAAGGUAAACGGCGUUUCCAUGUGCUCUGGUUUUCGUCACGGUGUUCUGUGGCGCCAGAAGCGGUUUAGUCAUGCUGGCCACAUGGCCCAGAAAACUGUCUGUGGACAAACACCAGCUCCCUUAGCCUGAAAGUGAGAUGAGCGCCGCCACCCCAUAGUCGCCUUUGACUGGACCUAACUGUCCAGGGGUCCUUUACCUUUUUACCUUUAUGGUUAGUGGGUUGCAACAGGAGCACUGCCACCAUACAAAGAGUAAGAAAUGGGUCCCCAAGUGCAUGUUUGGGUUAAAAUAUGGGACUGGGUCUGACAAUGUUGAAGAGCUGGACUGGCUUGCAGGGUUUCUGACAAGGGACUGAACCUCAGACCUUCUGCAUCCAAAGCAUGUGCUCUUCCUGAGUUUUCUUCCUACCUUAUUGCGGAAUAAGGUGCCAUUCUGCACACCCACUGGCAGCACAUGUCAUUGACCUGCAUUUGUCAAUUCAUAAGUCCCCCAGAGUACAACAGAACUUCCUGACAGGCAAGUGAGUAUCACGUUGCAGUCUAAUUGCUUUCCAGUUGCUUUCCUAGAAGCCAUGGGCAAAUCAUGUAAAUGCAUUGCAGCAUCUGCCAACCUAAUAUAUAGUUGUGUGGCUUUAGAUUUCAGCAAUUCACUUACCUGAACCUUAAAGAAUCUCAGGCAUCUGCCUCUCCCAAUUAUCCCUGAUGCACAAGGAAGAUACACAACCACCCUCUGCAGCUGUUUUAUAAUGUGUAGCAUUGGGAACAUACCAUAUUUUUCCGUGUAUAACAAAACCCCUAUUUUUCGGGACUCAAAAAUUAUGAAAAUAGGAGAUGACCCCUGUGUAUAAGAUGACCCGUUUUUUAACAUUAGAGUAAAAAAAACCCUAGUCUUAUACACAGAAAAGUACAGUACAGUGGACGCUCAGGUUGCGAACGUGAUCCGUGCGGGAGGCACGUUCACAAUCUGCAGCGUUCACAACCCGCAGGUUGCGAUUCGGCGCUUCUGCGCAUGCUCGAGCGCCAAAACCUGGAAGUAACCCGUCCCGGUACUUCCGGGUUUCAGCACGUCCGUAACCCAAAAAUGCGCAACCUGAAGUGUCUGUAACCCGAGGUAUGACUAUAGUCUGAUUUAGGAUAAGGCAGCGUAUUUGCCCAUCUAGGCCAGAUUUUUCUACCCGGGCUGACAGUGGUUCUCCAGGCAAAGGUCUUUUUUGCACUGAUGCCACCUUCUCCUUUUAACUGAAGAUGUCAGAGGCUGGACCUGGGAACUUCUGCAUGCGAGCAUGUGCUCUUCCACUAAGCUAUCAUCCCUCCACAGUUAUUCAUGCUCCAGAUCAAACUUCCAUUCCCCUUUGCAAAUAAUGGUCACAUCUACAAUAUACAGAAGGUGUGGGGAAUCUUUGGGCCCAAAAUAGCUGGAGUAAAACUCACAUCAGCCACAGAAAGCACAGCCAAUAGCCAGGAGGGAAGUGACGGGAGUUCGGGCUCAGCAUCAUCAGGAGAGCCGAAGAUUGUCCAUACCUGCCAGACAGCUUUCUGCAACCUGGUGCCCUCCAAAUGUUUUGGAGGGCAACUCCAACAAGUCCCACCCAGCAUGGCUGCAAUAUUCUGCAUCUCAGUUUCUGGCCAAGAGUAUGCAAGCUCCCAGGCCACUGAGUCAUAGACCAUAUUUGCAUUAUACAUUCAAAGCACCAUAAUACCACUUUGAACAGUCGUGGCUUCCCUCCAAGAAUUCUGGGAGCAGCAGUUUCUUAGGGGUACUGAGAGUUGUUAGUUCCCCUCAAAGAGCUACAAAUUCUCAAGAAUGGUUUAAUGAACCCUCUGCAAUUGGGAGAACCCCCUGUCUGAAACCCUGGGGAGAGAUGACGCCAACUAGGCAGUACUGAACUUACAAUAACUCUGUCCAUCUGACUGGGUUGCCCCAGCCACUCUGGGCAGCUUCCAGCAUAUCCAAAAACAUAAUAAAACAUUAAAAGCUUCCCUAUACAGGACUGCUCUCAGUCUAAAGGUUACUUUAGAAAGUAGUCACUUAUCUCCUUGAUAGCAAAUGGGAGGGUGUUCUACAGGGUGGGCACCACUACCGAGAAGGCCCUCUGCCUGGCUCCCUGUAACUAGAUGGGCCAAUGGUCUGAGGUAGUACAAGCCUAUGAAGGGGUGUCUAACCCAUAGAGGCUAGUGGCGCAGGGCACCAAGUUCUGGAGGGUGCCAGGGAAGAGGCGGAGGCUGAAUGCGGCGCCUCCCAGCAUCAGCUCGCCGGCCUCCGCCAUGCUGCGCUGAAGCAGCGCCAUGCCCAGAGCCUCCACCUGCCAUGGCCGCUACGGCACAAAGCAGCCAGCUGAGCUAGGAGCCUCCGCAUCCAGACUCCGCCUCUUCCCCUCCAGAGGAGCUGCCCUCCAGCACUGGCAGACGAAUGGGGGGGAGGUACCAGGGUGCCAUCACGGCUGCCCCCCCUGCCUGCGCUGGGCACCCCGCCCCAGAACACGCGCCACACCCCUGCAGGUGGCACACCCUGCCCCGGAGGCGUGCACCAGCCCUGCCCCGCCUGCUCUCCGCCCCCCGUGCCGGAGCAUGAAGCUCCGCCAAUGCCCUCCAGCUGCUGCCCACCUCCUCCAGCCCCACAAAGCUGGGCACAUCGCCGGCAGCACCGUCCUCCCUAAAAAGGUCGGCAACUCUGGGAAAGGGGGGGCACUGGAGGGAUCUUCGCAGCACGGCGCCAGAUAUGCUUAAGACGGCCCUGAGCCCAUGUCCUAUGUUCCUGUGACCAGGCAGCAGAUGAUGGAAAAGGUGUCUGCUUUGAGAACAGGAGUUGCCAGUUGAAGUAUUGCAGGUAAUGGACCAGUGGCCUUGUGACUAUGCGGAAGGUGGCUCUGUGUAUUUGUGCAACGUGCCCAUCGUGGGUGGCACUGCGGUCUAAUCCACUGAGCCUCUUGGGCUUGCCGAUCAGAAGGUCGGCGGUUUGAAUCCGUGUGACGGGGAUGAGCUCCUGUGGCUCUGUCCCAGCUCCUGCCAACCUAGCAGUUCGAAAGCACACCAGGGCAAGUAGAUAAAUAGGUACAGCUGCGGCAGGAAGGUAAACAACAUUUCCAUGCGCUCUGACACUCAUCACGGUCCUCCGUGUGUCAGUAGCAGUUUAGUCAAUCUGGCCACAUGACCCGGAAAGCUGUCUGUGGACAGUGGCGGAGCUUCAUGCUCCGGCACCGGGGGGCGGAGAACAUGUGGGGGUGGGGCUGGCAGGUGUCCGGGGGCAUGGCACGCUGCCCGCAGGGGCAUGGCGCGUGUCCUGGGGGUGUGGUACACCACCUGCAGGGCCUGAUGCCCAGCACAGGCGGGGGAAACAACCGUGAUGGCACCCCACCAGGACCACGCUGCCGGGGGCGGUGCGUUCCACCCCCACACUCCUCUUCCUCUGCCAGUGUCUAUGGACAAAUGCCGGCUCCCUCGACCGGAGAAGAUGAGUGCCACACCCAAUAGCCAAAUUCGACUGGACUGAACCACCCAGGGGUUCUUUGCCUUUUACCCUAACAGAUCAACCUGGAGCUAGCCUGAGUUCACUGAACUUUUAUAUAGUUUUGGGCACAGUGAGCAAAUGUCCUAGGCUUCUUGGGUUAAGGGAAAGCUGCCAACCAGGAAUACGAUUAUUUAGACCUGGAGGAAGUGAGGGGGGCCGUAAAUACCCACACGCAGCAGCAGCAGCAGCAGGCAGCCUCGUAUCUAGUAGCUUCGCCUCCAGCCUUCAGCCAACAGCUACCCCUAGUGGUUGCUCCCCCAAAAAGCCACCCUGCGGUUUUAACUCUUAACUCUUGUGAAUUUCGCUCCGGUCAACAGGUUUAAUGCUGGAGCGGCACCGAGAGGUCACUAACCAAGCAUUAACCCCUUUCCUGCCGGGAUCAGGGCUGUCGGCCGCCACCCUGAAGGCUGAGAGCAAGCGGCGCCUGAAGGUGGAGAGAGCACGGGAGAGAUCGCUUGCAAUAAAAAAUUAAAAAUGAGGAGAAAACUCGGGAACGACACGGUAACCCACCCCCACCACCCGCUUUUCUUAAGCAAUUGAUCUUUUUAGCGUCCUUCGGGCUUGCAAUAUUUGCCGGCAAAAUAGCGGGGCGAGGGGCAGUUUGCGGCGCUCGAAGGGGCGGGGAACGGGGCUGCGGAAAGUUUGCCGGUUGCUGCUGAACGGCUGUCGCUUUGGGUCCCGCGCCGAACCGAAAGCGGUCGGCGGGGGGGGGGGCGGUUAAAAGGAUGGAGAAAACUCUCGGCGUCGGAACUUGGCUUCCCCGCCUCGCGUGGACGGCACGCCGAGGAGACACAGAGGGAGGCGACAGAGGGGGGCAAACUUGGCCGAGUUUGCUCGCUUCCAGGCGGGGAGCCGCUUCCCGUAACCCAGCCAGCGCCUCUCUCGGGGGCGGGGGGUGCGUCCGCUGCCCUCGCGCCCUGCCUGGGGCUGAUCCGCCUCCCCGGACGCGAGGCGGGGGUCCCUCUCGGGCGCUUUCCUCCCGGCGCGCCCGGCCUGCCCUCUUCCCCCGAGAAGCCCCCGAGCGUCCCUUCCGGCAGGGCGGGCGGGCGAGCGGGCGUCUGGCUGCGGCUGCUCCCUGCGCGCUGGCACGUCCCGCCGGCUUCCUGGCCCAGUCGGAUCCGGCUCUUCCUCCUCCUCCUCCUCUUCCUCCUCCCUCCCUCCCACCCCAGCCUCCGCCCGCGCGCCUUUCCUUUUUCUUUCUCUUCUUCCUCUCUUGGCCACCAUAUUUUUAGGUCACUGGACUGGAGGGGUAGGUAAUCCCCAGGCUCAAGUUCCAAAGGGGGCGGGUUCUGGCCGGAGGUGGAGUCACUUUUUCAUUUAAAUCCCCGACUAUAAAAUGGGCUUAAGGAGAAGCGGGAUCUCAGCGGCUAAGCCACCCGGAGGAGUGGCGGCACGAGGGAGAGGCGGCGUGGCGGCGAGGGGCUCCGGGCAGUUUGCGCGCCCCUGGCCGUAGCCGCGGCUCCGGCGAUGCUGCACUCCAUGGGCGCCCACACCUUGCAAGCGCUCAGCCAGGUGGCCGCCUGCGUGCUGCUCCUGCCGCGCUUCCUCCUGACAGCCGUGAUGCUCUGGCUCCUCGAUUUCCUCUGCAUUCGCAAGAAGCUCUUGCUGACGACGCCGCCGGCGGUGGCCGGAGAGGCGUCGGCGGCGUCGGAAGAAGAAGAAGAGGAGGAGGAGGAGGAGAGCUCCUCAUCGGGGCCCCCUCCGGACGACCCUCCGCUGUGCGUCUCCGACUCGAACCGCAUGUUCACGCUGGAGUCGCUCAAGGCGGUGUGGCACGGCCAGAAGCUGGACUUCUUCAAGGCGGCGCACGUGGGCGCGGCGGCGCCUAACCCGGAGGUGAUCCAGCUGGACGGGCGCACGCGGCUGCGCAUCCUCGACUACGCGCGGGGCAAGCGGCCGCUGAUCCUCAACUUCGGCAGCUGCACCUGACCGCCCUUCAUGGCGCGCCUGCGCGCUUUCGAGAGCCUCGCCGCGCGCUUCGUGGACGUCGCCGACUUCCUGCUGGUGUACAUCGAGGAGGCGCACCCUUCCGACGGCUGGGUCAGCUCGGACGCCGCCUACGACAUCCCCAAGCACCAGUGCCUCCAGGACAGGCUGCGCGCGGCGCAGCUCAUGCAGGAAGGCGCGCCGGGCUGCCCGCUCGCCGUCGACACCAUGGACAAUGCCUCGAGCGCCGCCUACGGGGCGUACUUCGAGCGCCUCUACAUCAUCCAGGAGCAAAAGGUGAUGUACCAAGGGGGCCGAGGGCCCGAGGGCUACAAGAUCUCCGAACUCAGGCGCUGGCUCGACCAGUACAAGCGCCGCCUCCAGGGGGGACCCAGCACGGUGGUCGUCCAGGUGUAG